AUGGCCACCGAGCAAGGAGCUCCAACCCUUCCAUGGUCACGGUUGCCCCACAUCUUUCACCCACUGCCAUCACCAACCCUACAGCCUCAUCAAGCCCCACCACCACCACCACCACCACCACCACCACCAAGUCAAGUGCUUUUUACACCAAGAUUUCGAGCCGCAACAACCAGACCUCCACCUCAACCCACAGCAACCCCACCUCUUCUUAAAGGAACUACAGUUGUUGGACCAUCUUCACCGCCACCUGCACCACAGCAGUUAGUAGCUAGAGCUACGGCAGCACCAACCUCAUCACCUAUAGUUCCAAAGGACACACAAUUUGGAGCAGCAGCCACGUCCCCAGUCGUCACUCGUGCUGCCACCCCGACUUCCUCCCCUCUCAAAUCUAUCAAACGUUCACCGAAAAACACUUCAUCUGUAUUAACUUGUUGUCUUAUGUAG